AUGCAUUUCCGGUCAACCCUUUUAAUCGCCACGGUUCAUUCUGUAUUUCUCAUUGCUGCAGAAAACUCCUUAUUUGAAAAGGAUUCAACCACGAUUUUACAACCACCUGCACUUCAGGAAUUCUCCAGAAUUAAUAACAAUGAACAAUUACGCAACAUCACUGAAGCUGUCGAAUUGAGGCUGCAAAAGGAAACAAACAUUGCUUGGGGCGAAUCUUCGUUCUGCUUGCGUUUUUUUUUCAGCACGUUGAGACUAAAGCGUCAGUUUCAUCGCUGGGAGUUCGGUUGCGAUCUCAGACGAUGUGGAGGAUCUUUUCGCCAGAAACGUUCCUAUUACCCUAUUAGUCCCGGCGGUUUUGGUGGGAUGCCUUUUAGCGGAACAUUCUACGGUACCAUUGGAAGCAGCGGAUACGGUGGUUACGGUGGUUACGGCGGCUAUGGUGGUUAUAGUGGUUACGGCGGUUACGGUGGUUACGGUGGUUACGGUGGUUACGGUGGUUACGGUGGUUACGGUGGCUACAGCGGCGGAUAUGGAUAUCGUGGCUAUAAUGGCGGAUACGGAGGUUAUGGUUACGGCGGAUAUGGUGGAUACAGUAGAUACUGUUGUUACUGCUGUUGUUGUUGCUGCUGCUGUUAG